CGAUACUCUUCCCUUAUCCAGGCUUAUCAUGACAAGUUUGGCAAACGUCCAGACUGGCUUGUUCGUUCUCCUGGUCGAGUCAACUUGAUCGGCGAGCAUAUUGACUAUGCCGGAUAUUCUGUUCUCCCGAUGGCCAUUGAUCGAGAUGUUGUGAUUGCUGUAUCGACUCGGCCCAUUCAAGACACAUUCAAGAUUGAUGUUUGCAACAUGAACGACAGCGUUUAUCCAUCUCGGUCAUUUGAAACUGCUUCUGAGCAACCAAUCCAGAUCGAUUCAACUAUUAACGAGUGGAGUAACUACUUUAGAUGUGGAUGCAAGGGUGCAUUGAAAGAUAUUGACCCAAUAUCGCGCAGAUCAAUUCAGGCAUUGGUAUCUGGCACAAUUCCAGCAGGUGCAGGCCUAUCAUCCAGCUCGGCAUUUGUAUGUGCAUCAACGAUUGCGACGCUAGUAUCCCAUGACAUUUUGAAAAGUAAAGGCGAAAUCAUUCACAUGGCAAUUCAGGGCGAGCACUACGCGGGAGUGCAGACUGGUGGCAUGGAUCAAUCUAUCUCAAUUAUGGGAGUACAAGGAUCAGUACUAUUGAUUCAUUUUUAUCCAACCCUAUCGGCGAUUCCCAUUACAUUUCCCACUUUGUUUGAAACGCCAGUGUUUGUGAUUGCCAACACGCUGGUUACUGCUGAUAAGCAUGCUUCUGCUCAUCGCAACUAUAACCUUCGAGUGGUUGAAACUCGCCUUGUGGCAGCACUGCUGGCUAAAAAAUUAGGUGUCUUUGACGCACAUCAGCUUUUUACACUGCGUCACCUUCAAAACCUAUACUUUAGCAAAUGCACAGUCGCGCAUGCUGAUACAGCCCAACUGAAAAUACUUAUGGGUUUGGUGUCUGAACAUAUAAAAAGUGAACCCUAUACACUAAACGAAGUGGCUCAACUACUCGGUGUUGAUGAAAAUAAUGCUCGAAAAACAUACGUUGAGAAUAUAUCCAUCCAUGAAGCUGAUGGGUUUAAGCUAUAUCAACGUGCAAUGCAUGUUUUUUCAGAGGCACGCCGAGUGCUAUUGUUCCGCGAUACUUGUGCGUCAGUAGACGGUAACUCGGACAGUUUUUUGCAGGAGCUUGGCUGCUUGAUGAAUCAGUCUCAAGAUAGCUGUCGCGAUCUAUACGAUUGUAGCUGUCCAGAAAUUGAUCAACUGACAAAGAUCUGUCGAAAUGCUGGUGCAUUUGGAUCGCGACUUACUGGAGCUGGAUGGGGAGGUUGUACGGUCUCGCUUAUCAAGGAAAGUGAUACAAAGGCAUUUAUUGAAAAAGUAAAGCAGGAAUAUUAUUUUACAAAGUGGCCCAUGUGGAAAUUUGAUCCAGAUGCACUUGCAAAAAUUGAUGAUUAUAUUUUUGCAAGUAAACCAGGAUGUGGUGCAGCACUUUUUUCUGGAACAUUGUAA